GAGGUGGGCUCUCUUCGAAAACUGGCACACCAAACAAGGCGCGGUUUUGAAGACCGCAGGCCUGUAGCCUUUCCGUGCACGAGGGAGCAGAAGGCAGACGCAAACAGAGGCACGGCGGCACGCGCGUUCGUCUCCAAAACAAAAACAAAGAUAACAAAAGUCAGAAUCUAGGGUUGUGAGGGCUGUGGAGGGGACCUUUUCGGAAUUCCAAUGUGAACUCUACAAAGAUACCGAUCUUCAUCUUUCGGUUCCUCCUACGCCGCCGACCGGUGGAGCAUUGUCGUUGAGCAGAGCGGCGACUAUUUGCCGCCGCUGUCGGCCUGCCGUCUCUGCCAUCGCCGAAAGCUUUGGGAGUGUGCACACGAAGACAGCGAGCAAGCAGCCAUGGCUCUCGAGAUCUAUACAUAUCCAAAUAACAAAAACACGCAGAAGGCGCUCAUUGCCGCCGAAUAUGUCGGGGCCAAGGUCGACGUCGUUAAGGAUUUCCAAAUGGGCGUAACCAACAAGACGCCUGAGUUUUUGGCUAUGAACCCGAUCGGAAAGGUUCCGGUGCUGAAGACGUCAGAUGGAUCUGUGUUUGAGAGCAAUGCCAUCGCUAAAUAUGUUGCAAGAAUAGGAGAGGGCGAGCUUCUUGGAACUACCCCCAUUGACAUGGCACACGUUGACCAGUGGAUCUUCUUCUCCAUGAACGAAAUCGACCGUCAUGUCAUGACCUGGCUCUUGCCUCUUUUUGGCCUCCCUGGGGUUCACUACAAUCAGACGAUUGAGAACAAUGCCAUCCAAGGCGUGAAGAGGGGUUUGGAUUCCCUGAAUGCGUACCUCGCUUCAAAGACGUUCCUUGUUGCUGAUAUGGUGACGGUGGCAGACAUCAUUUUGACGUGCGACCUCUUGCUGGGCUUCACGAUGAUUUGGGAUGCACCGUUCACUGCUCCUUAUCCUCAUGUGACCCGUUACUUUUUCACCAUGGUGAACCAGCCAGAGUUCUCCAAGAUCCUUGGUGAGGUCAAGCAGACGACCGCUCCUAAGAAGAAGGAAAAGGAAACCAAGCCCAAGGAGGAGAAACCGAAGAAGGAGAAACAACCCAAGCAGCCCAAGCCUGCUGAGGCGCCGAAGCCGAAGCCAGUGGAGAAGGGGCCUGAGGACGCAGCCGAGGAGGAUGAGGCUCCCGCCCCUCCCAAGAAGCCAAAUCCCCUCGAUUUGCUCCCUCCCAGCCCUAUGAAGAUUGACGACUGGAAACGUCUGUACUCGAACACGAAGGCAGCUGUCUUCAGAGAUGUGGCUAUCAAAGGUUUCUGGGACAUGUUGGACCCGGAGGGGUACUCUCUUUGGUUCUGCGACUACAAGUACAACGAUGAGAACACCGUGAACUUUGUGACCAUGAACAAGGUCUCUGGGUUCCUGCAGAGGAUGGAAUUUAUCAACAAGUAUGCGUUUGCGAAAAUGUGCAUCCUUGGGGACUCUGCCCCCUUUGAGAUCAAGGGUGUUUGGCUCUUCAGGGGUCAGGAGAUUCCACAAAGGGUGCUGGAAGAGUGCUAUGACAUUGAGCUUUAUGAGUGGAAGAAGGUCGAUCUGAGUGAUGAAGCACAGAAGAACCGGGUCAGCGACAUGUUCGAGGAGACGGAUCUUAUUGACGGCAAGACUCUGCUUGAGUGCAAGUGCUUUAAGUGAGUCCAAUGGGAGAGGGAGGGAGAUUUAUCUUCAGAUGAGAGAGAACGAUGUGGCGGUUGCUGUUGACUAGCGCGGUAGGGACUUCCGUGUUUUGUGAGGGAGAGAGGAUCACCUUGGGACUCCCGUGUUGUGUGAGAGAGGGAUGCACUCGGUGUCGAGUCUCGACUGGGGUUUCACCACUCUGCGCUAGUCAGAGAGAGAAAUGUUGGUAGUGUGUGAAUUAGGAGAAGUAAUGGCUCAGCAGCAGCAGCGAUUGAGGGUGCCGACCAUUUAGAGAUGCAGCCAGUAGGGGGUAUUGUUGUGGACGGGGAACAAUUUUGUAGAUUGUCGUCGUGGAACAAAAGCGGGGUGUUUGAUGAAGGUUGAUUUGGGGAUUAACGGAAUUCUUUCUUAUGAAUUGAAGAGAUUUGUUUGUGCUUCUUGCUGUGUUGGACGGCGGGUGGGAUUCCAAAGAAAUAAUGGUCCUCUCGUCUUUUUGCCAGUUCUCGUGGAAUGGUCAUUUGGUCCUUGUGCCACUCGCACCCUUUUCGUGAUCUCUCCUUGUGCGAUUUUCUUCUCUCUGCAAGCUAAGGUACUCCGUGCUCUGCUAACUUUCAUAAUAUCCAUGAGAUUGAGUGGCCCACUACUGCUUGCAUCCAUCGUGAGUUGGGACGGCAUAUUUUGGUAUGGCAGCGUAACAUUUUUUAUUAUUGCUGACGAUUUUUCCCCUGGAUCGAACGGGUUGCGUGUGGGAGAGGAACAAAUUGUGGUUUGUCGA